AUGAGGUUAAGUGAUGAACUUCGAUACUCAAUAUUAUCAUACAAAAUCAGAGACCAUUACUCAAAUAGUAAAAUUGCAAAAAAAUUGGGUGUCCACAAAACAAAAGUGGCAAAAACAAUUCAAAGAUAUGAACAAACAGGUUCAAUCAAUGACCAUCAACGUUUUGGAAUAGAAAAAAAGAUUCAUGAAAGAGAUGAACGUUUAUUAUGUUUCAAAUUUUUGAAUGGUGAGUUGAAGAAUGUGAAAUUAACAGUGGUUUGGUAUUAUUCAACAACUGGCCACACCAGAUUAGACUGGUUAGUUAGAAACGUAUUGCAUAGGAAUAACAUUGUUUAUAAAAAGAAAUUCAUGAAACCUCGAUUAUACGAAGUUAAAAGAAGAAAAAGAUAUAGUUUUGGAUUUGGCAUAAAAACUGGAAUAAUCAAUGGCCAUAAGAUACUUAAAUGUUCUCAAUCCGAAUGUUCACCUUACAUUAUAUUUAAAUAUUAUAAUCUAAAUAUCUUUUUUCAAUAUAUAAAUUUAAAAUCGGUGGGGUCUACAUAUUUUCCUCGGGCACUGUAUAACUAUUUAAUUUACUUAGCAUGUUCCGGUGUUGCAUCAAACAUUGGUCAUUUAGAAGCAUGUUCCGGUGUUGCAUCAUUAAUAAAAUGCUGUUUAAUGUUUAAAAAUAAAUGUUUUUUACCAAAUAUUAAUUUUAAAAAACCAAAUCCUUUAAUCAAGUUUAAAGAGUGGAAUUUAAAGGUAGUCACAGAACCAAUAAAGUUUAAUGAGGACAAACAAAUUUCAAUGAUUAUAAAUAAUUUCGGUGUUACUGGUUCAAAUUCAUGCUUGAUUUUACAACAGUUUAUAAGUAAAAACAAAACAAUAAAUAAACUCGAAUAUAAGAGUUAUUUAAUACCAUUUUCAUCUUGUAGUGCUGAAUCACUAAUGAAAUAUCAAGAGUCAAUUGUUUUAAAAGAGAGUGACUUCAAUACCUUUGUUUUAAAUCAAAUUUAUAAAAAAUCUUUAUCACUUUAUCAAAGAUCAGUUAUAAUUGCUAGUGAUUCUAAAGAAUUCAAUAAUUUAGAAAAAAGAACACAAUUUCAAACAAAAAACGAUAUGUUUUCAAAUAUAUCAAUCAAGCAAAAUAAUCCAACUGUUGUAUAUAUCUUUUGUGGCCAAGGUUCGCAAUAUAAUAAAAUGGGAUUGGAGCUAUAUAAAAAUGAACCAGUAUUCAGAGAUACUUUAGAUUUAAUGGAUUCAAAAUUUGCAAAUUAUUAUGGUUAUUCCAUUUUAGAGAAAUUAAGAUCAAUUGAAGAUAGUGACUCCAUAUCUAUAAAUCAACAAAUUAUAGUUCAGCCAUCUAAUAUUAUGAUACAAGUUGGGUUAUUUAAAUUAUAUAAGCAUUGGGGUGUAGAACCAUCGGUUAUAAUUGGACAUUCAUUGGGUGAAAUUUCAACUGCUUACUGCUCUGGUAUGAUUGAUUUGGAUACUUUAUGCUACUUAGUAUAUAAUAGAUCCAUUUUACAACAAAAAACACAAGGCACCGGAAGAAUGUUAUCAAUAAAUAUCAGCUCAGAACAAUUUAAAAGCGAUUAUUCAUCAAAAUAUCCAACUCUAGAAAUUGCUUGUUACAAUUCACCAUCUUCCAUUGUUGUUGCCGGUAAUGAAGAACAUUUAAAUGAAAUUCAUAUUAGUGCAAAAGAAAAAGGUAUUUUUACUGCAAUGCUUGGGUCUUUAACAGCAAUCCAUACAAGUGCUCAAACGGUUAUAAAGGAUGAAAUUUUGGAAUUAAAAUUUAAAUCCCAGCAACCUAACACAUCAACUUUUUCAACUGUAACAGCAGAGUUGUUUAGCCAAGACCUCCUCUUUAAUUCUCAAUAUGUAUAUCACAAUAUUUUACAGCCAGUAAAAUUUGAUCAAACCAUUUCAAAUCUUUUUAAAUAUAUCGAAGAAAGCCAAUUAAAUUCAAAUGUAUGUUUUAUAGAAAUAUCCCCACACCCAACUUUAACAUUUUACUUAAAACAAAUGGUCCCAACUAAUUCAUUAUACUUUAAUAAUGGAAAAUCUAUUGAGUUUUAUACCUCAUUAAAUAGAAAAAUAAAUGAUUUAUCGGAAAUUCAAAAAACAAUUUCAGAAUUAUAUUGCAGCGGUUAUAAUGGAAUAAACUUUAAGAGACAAUUUAAUAAUCAAAUGUCCCCACUCGAUAUCGGUUUCUAUAGUUUACCAUUGUACAAAUGGGAUGAUAAAUCUUACUGGAGAGAAGAUGCACUUCAUGAACAAUUAAGAAUUGAUGGCCCAUCAGUUGAUCACUUGGGUAUUUCAAAUAAAGAGGUUUCACCAUUUAUUAAAUCCUUCCAAGCUUUUAUUGAUAUUGGCAAAUUACCAUUUCAAUAUUUAAAAGGUCAUCAAGUAAAGGGAAAAUAUUAUUAUCCAGGAUGUGGUUAUAUUAUAAACUUGCUUAAAACUUAUUCAAAUCAAGAUAUAACUAUUAACUUUAUGGAAUUUAAAACACCUUUGAUUCUUAAAGAAGGAAGCAACCAAUGCUUACAAACAAAUAUUUAUCAAACUGGUAAAACUGAAUAUAAAGUUUUAUAUCAUUUUAAAGAUGAGUUAAAUCAAUGGGUGCAAUCGGCAAGUGGAAAUUUUCAACUGUUUAACCAUGGUGAAAAUACAUUCAAAUUUAAUAUUCAAAAAAUUUUACAAAGUAAAUGUAACAAAGCAGUCAUAAAAAAAGAAGAGAUUUAUGAUUUUAUCAAAAUGAGAACUGGUUUGCAAUAUACUGGUGCUUUUCAAGGUGUAGAUAAAUGCUUUUUAGGUGAUAAUUGUUCUCUUUCGAUAGUUUCACUGGAACUGCCAAAUGGAUACAUAGACCAAGUGUCAGAAAAGGAUCCCACAUUUUUCAAUUCUUCAAUCUUGGAUUCAUGCUUACAUGGUUUAAUUUCAUUAAUCAAUGAACAAUCACAAAUGGUUUUUGAUAAUGUUAGUGGCUUUAAACUAUAUUCAAAAAAAAUUCCCAAAGAUAGAACCCAAUUUUCGGAAAUAUAUGUUUAUUCAGAAUUAAAGAAAAGAAUGGGUAAUUCUUAUGUGGGUUCAAUUACAAUAAUGUUAUCAGACGGAACAAUUUUAAUUGAUAUUGAAGAAAUAGUAUGCACCUCAUUAACCUAUAUUAAAGAUCCAUAUGUAAUUGACCUUCCAAAAGAUCAAGUUUAUACAACUUAUUCAAUUUUACCACCACCAUCAACUUUUAAGUCAAUUUUUAAUUGUGAGGUUGCCAAUGAAGUUAUUGAAAAUUAUUCUAAUAGUAUAAAAUUUAUUUCAACGACACUCUUAAAAUAUAUUAUGAAAAGAAACAAAGAUAUUCAAAUAGAUGUAGUUAGAAAAUUAAAUAUUGAACAAUUAAAGGAAAAAUACUUGGUCAAUUCAAAAAAUGAAAGAUUAUUCAACUAUAUAUUUGAAACAAUUAAAACAUAUUAUAAUGAACAUGUUCAAGAUAUUCCAGUUGUCUCCAAUCAAGAGUUAAUAGAAAAAUCCAUUAAAAUAAUUGCAAAAAUAUUAUUCCCUCUAGAAAGUGACAAUCCAUCUGAAAAUUUACCCCAGUCGUUGUUUGAAGAUAAUAUGCUCAAAGAAUUUUAUGACACCCCAACGUGUAUGGUUAGAAGUGAAAUGUUUGGGGAAAUAAUAAAAAACUCCAUUAAACCCAUUUUAAAAGAAAAAAUAUUUUUUAAAAUAUUAGAGUUGGGAGGAGGUACAUGUUCAUUAUCAAAACAAGUAUUAAAUAAAAUAAAUGAAAUGCUCCUAGAUAAUCAAGGUUAUGAAAUCGAUAUCGAAUAUACAUGGACCGAUAUUUCACCGUCAUUUAUUUUUGAUGCUAAAAAUCAAUUAUCUCAAUUCAAAUGUGUUAGUAUAGUUUAUAACACUAUAGAUCUAGAGGAUCCAUUAAUGAAGCAGGGUUUAAAGCCAUCAUAUUAUGAUUUUAUAAUUAUGUCAAAUGUAGUUCAUGUGGUUAAAAACAUUAAUUAUGCUAUGGAACAAAUAUAUCAAGUAUUAUCACCAAAUGGACAACUUUUAUUAAUUGAACCACCAAAUCGAUCUAUAAUUAUUGACACUAUAUUCUCUUGUUUUGACCAAUGGUAUUCAUUUGAAGAUAUGGAUAUUAGAAAAGACAGAUGCUAUUUAGAUAAAGAUACUUGGGUGAAAUUAUUAAAUCAACAUAAUUUCAAAUCAGACUUAUUAUUUUCAAACCCAUCAGAAAUCUAUUGUACCGCAAUUCAGGCUCAAAAACUAAGUUUAAAUAAUAUUAAAACCAAAAUAGAUAAUAAUGAAAAUGUAAUCAUUUAUUCAAAUUCUGACAAUAACUUUAUAAAUAGUCUAAAAUCAUUGAGCUACUUGCAAAAUUGA